AUGUCCGAAAAUCACGUUCCUGCCUGGAAAAGAAUUGCUUUGAAGAGACAGACUAUAAGCAGUGGUGACGAAAGUAAAGAAAAAGGCCAAUCCAAUCUAAUAGAUGAUGAUCCACUAAAUAUCACUACGCAUUUAUCCACUGGUAAUUUGACAAAGAAAGAGAAAAAAAGAAUCAUUAAUGGUGAGAGCAAAUCCUCUACCAAAAAAGGGAAGCGUGUGUCGAAACCAGGGACGAAGAAGAAGGAAAAAUUGUCAAAGGAUGAAAAGAAUUCGAAAAAAAAUAAAAUUCUUAAAGAUCAAUUACGUUACCUGAUAGAAUUUUUCAGGACAAAGUCUGAGAGCAAGUUUCCCACCGGAAUCCUAGAAUUGGAAAGUGUAAAAGAAAAUUACGGCGACUCCCUGAUCAAAGACGAGCCAUCAGAGUCUGGUGUUGUUGAAGUUUGGAAAUUUUCCAAGCAAAAGCAAAAUUGGCUUAUUAAGCAUUUUUUCAACUUGGACGAAAUCCCCUCAGUAUAUAAUGAUCUUUUGCUUUUAUAUUUCAGGGACUUACAAGGUAAAUCAAAAGAAGAACUAAUAUCAAAAUGCAAAGGAAAACUGAAGCAAUGGAACGACUAUGUGGAAGAUCAAGAAACAAAAAUAAAAGCGUUAAUUGCAGAGGAUAAGGCUAGCGAACCAAUUAAUGGUGAAGAAAAAGAAGAAGGUGAAAAAGACGGUAAUGCCGAACAAGGGAAGCAAAAAGAGGUACAAGACGAGCAAGAGGAAGUACAAAUGCCGAAUAAAGAGCUUGUUCAAAGAAGUCUGAAAUUACUAGAAAUUUGGAAGAAUGAUGACUCGGAGCAGAUAGAACUUAAGAAUUUCUUCGUUGAUGUUUAA